UUAAGUUGAGUCAAGUCACCUUACACACACCUCACAGGCGUCAUACAAUACACACCACACAGUGAUCUAAUCUUCAUCUAUUUUAGUUUUAUUCUAUUCUGCGCAGUGCGCACACACUGUUGACUUAAGUCAGUUUACUCGUACUUAAGUCAUAUUACUUAUUUUGGUAUUGACGCCAACGUGAACCGAUUGAUAUUGAUACACCUGUUCAAUCUAAAAUUUAAUAAAAGUGAUUUUUAUUGUAAAAGUAAAAAUUGUUUGUGUUUUAAGAGUGAAUUUGUGUUGUUUUUUGUUAUUGUUAUUAAAAAUGAUGUUGAAAGUGAUUUUGUGCGCACUUUGUGCGAUAUCCUUGAGGAAUUCUAAUGUUUUUGUUGAAGCUGUGCCAACAGAGUAUAAGAUGAAUGAACAUAAAAUCUACGAAGCUGAAUUGGUUGCAGUUUCUUCAACAGUUAUUCCUUUACCGAUCUAUGAAGUCCACUCAAACCUUAAAUUCCCAGGAAGAGAUAAAGAUAACAAAGAAGACAAAGAAAUGAAACCUGUUGGACCAUUAUCUCUUAUCACAUCAAGUAAUAAAAAAGCACAUUAUCAAAAAUUCAAAUCCGACGAUGUAUCAACAGUAAAAAAAUUACCAUAAACAAUAAUAAAACAAAAUUUAAUCAAUUUUUAACUAAUUUAUAAAAAUAAAACCAAAUCAAUUAAAAUUUAAAUUAAUUACAAUUAAACACAUAAAAAAUACAAAAAAAUAUUAAAUAAAACAGUAUUCAAUAUUUAUCUAGAUGAUUACACCUUCAAAGGACGAAAAACAGGACAAGAAGCGUAAAUGAAUAAUUAAUUGUCCACGUUGCUUACUCAAGUUAAUAACGCUGUUAAUUACUGAAAACAUUCCCUUUGUUCCGGCCAGGAUACACCAGAAUACUUCUCUCCCCAAAACUCCUCCCAGGAUCCUCCAGGACUUGUCAGGAUGCUCGAAAACAAACAAAAAUUGUUGGCGACGAGUAUGAUGCGAUAAUACACGUUUUCAAUUCGAAUGAUCCUCAUGAUCCUUGAUAAACUUGUGCAUUGAACAAGGAGCCAGGAUGGCCUAAGACAGCAGCAGCAGCUAAUGAAUAAUGUAGAUUAAUUUAACAGCAUGAUAAAUAAUUGAUGCGCGCGCUUCGGAAGCGCGCACAACUUUGCGCAAUAAUUAAUUCGUCAGCGUUUGUUAUUAAAUUAAAUAAUAAUGUACGUGAAAUAAAAGGAUGUUUACUAAUGCC